CCGGCGACGCGGCGCUCUACGCAAAGUCGUCGGUGCGAUCGGUGCGACGUUGGGACCAGUGCCUCUCACGAUUCCGUUCUCGCUCUGCCCUCCGUCUCGUUAUUCCGUACGUACAACGCGUCCGAGUGUUACUUUGCAUCGUCGCUUGUAAUACAUUACGCUAUAUACACAUAUAAUAUACAAUAUAUACACAUUCGCGCAUAUACACACAUCCGUACACGACAUACACGCAUAGACACCCGCGCGUAACCAACACGCACGCACGUAUGCACGCGAAAAGAUUACUUCCGGAUGCGGUGAAUUUCAGCCGGUGAACAUCACGCCGGGCCAAUAAUACUCUUGGGUACGCGAUCCAUCACCGAAUCACGGUUACAAGUUUAACUGUCCUCGGAGAGUGGUGAAAGUUGAGAAAGAAGAGGAAAACAGGAAUAUAUCGGUCUACGGGAAGACAGCGGAAAACCCCCAACGACGGAGACGAUGGAGUGACGGGCCACAAGACGGACGUCCGACCACCGUUCGCGAAUACUGCCUUGAAGGAAGAAGCAGCAGGAGUAUAGCCACCGGAGGAAGAAGAAGAAGAGAACGAAAACGAGGAGAGGAGGUAGGAGCAGGUGGUAGAGUGGAGGUGGCGGCGGCGGAGAAGAGGAGAGCAGCGAAGAGAGGCGAAGGUGAGAGGCGAGAAGCAUAGAAGGAGCAGGAGGAAGUGAAGCAAGUGUAGCCGCAUCGUCGACGCCGAGGAGCCACGUCCUCGGGAGGAAAUCAACCUGGCCUGACGACCGUGCCCGUCGUCUAAACGGCCCCGUCGCUACCGCAGCGGCUGUGUGUCACUACUGUUCCACUGCCCCACACACCGCGGCCUCAUGAUUGGUUCAUUCUGGAACCUCUGUCGUGCGUGCCCUUCAAUGCCAAUUGACAAGCAGCUCCAUUCAGAGUAUAGGAGCACGUACACAUGGCACGAGUACACUGGGCCGCAUCAGGAGCAUACGGUCGUUCGUCGAGCUCCGCAACCACCGCCGACGUCGAGACCCACUUUGGAACCACCAUUGCCACGGCGAAAGAAAUGCCCGGAGCUCGCGUACAAAACGCACGAAUUCAUGACGGCAGCCGAUGGGGGAGGCAUCGACGCCGUCGAUUCGAACGUUGUAGCUGACAAAGUUCGAGAAGUUACAACGCAGUCAGGUUUGCCACCGAGUCAACUGAGCAAAGCGAUUUCGCGGAUCAGCACCGAGUAUCGGCUGCAGUUCGCCUGGCCUAGAAGACCUCAACUGACGAAUGGCGAGACAAUGGCGCCGGAGGUGUUGGCCGCGGGACUUCCUGCAGGUACGACAGGCCCACCUAGAAAAUCUCUCAGCAUGGGAGCUCUUAAGCAGGGUAUCGCCCCUACAGGACCUGCCCCGGUUCACAAGAAACGACCCGGUGAUGUCGAUCAUAAGCGCGAUGGUAAAUGGAACAUCUCGACAAAUUUUUUCUCCUCCGAUCCAACUUGCGUUUGCUUUCCAGGGCGUCUUGAACCAUUUCAAGUAGCAAAAAGGAUGCAAGCGUCGGAGUUGGAGCCACUGGUCGGAGGAACCGGGGCCGAUACCAUCGACGGAGUGGUGCCCGAGGGCGACGAGCGUGAGGAGGAUAUGCCGGACUUGAAAAUAGCUUUCAGGGGUAAAAAGUCAGGUAGGACCGUAAGGAUAUCGGAUGAUAAAGGGCUGAGCAAACCGCAGAAGAAACCGUUUCCUACGUCUGAUGUCAUCGAGCUUAGACGACUCGCUGACGAGUACAAGCAUCGCGACUGGGGUUGCGGUCUGGCAGCAGAGGACGAGGCUUCGCUGUGGAAACGAGUCUCCAGUAACCACGCUCUCAACGCGCUGUCCCUUGCCAGGUCAGUGACGAAGGAAGAGAAAGAAAAGGAGAACACGAGGAAGGUCGCCCCCGUUGCUGCCACGAUGACCAUGCCCCCUGCUGGCCGACCAUCAUCGGUACAAGCUAGACCCGUUCACGGAAUUUUGCAUGACGAUUUUAAAGUGGACCCGGAGAGAGCCAUUGCUCGCGCAAGGAAAGAUUUCUUGAUCCGCCAUCACUUGGAUCGUACAACUGGCGUGGGUGACGGUGCACUACUUCCCUCUCCAACGAGAGAGAAGUUGGAGCCCGUGAUACCACGACGUCGAGAGGAAACGAAAGAGCAUCGCGAAGAGAUUCAGCCUAAGACCAAGUCCAGUCCUAAGAACAGUCCAAGAACCGGUCGUUCUCAGAGUCUUGGUCCUACCGUGACCGAACGUCGUUCACCUAAACGUCAACCACCGCGUGCACCGUCCGUCACUAAAGACGCCAAGGAGAAAGAAAAGGAGCCGAAGGACAAGGAGAAAGAGCAAAGGGAAAAGGGCAGUGAGCCUGAAAGGCACCCACGACCGAUCACGGGCCCUGGCCGCGUGCGUUGGAGCAUACGGGAACCGUCGACGGUUUCCUCGGCGGGUUCGUCGAUCAGCGUGCCGCCAUUACCGCCACCACCCUCGGGCCCAGGGCCUACUCCGUUCUACAGGAGGUCCCCGCAGGUCCAUCGGAAAUCCUUCCUCGCAACCACCGCUCCCCCCUAUCGCCCUCUUCAUCACGCGAAACCCUCGACCACUACCACAAGUACCACCACAAUUACCACUACUACCACAACCACCACUACCACAACUACCACUACCACAAACACGACAAGUACAAGCGUAAAACCCCCGGUAAAGCAUUCGGUUCAUACGAGUGUCCAUCACCCACCUACGUCGAGCGCUGCUGCUGCGGCCAGGCCGGACCGUGUUAAAGAUAUAAGCCGGUCCCACCAAGGUCCGAACGAGGCAAAAACGGGCCGCGACCAGACAGCUGCGGCUGCGGCCGCAGCCGCCGCCGCCGAUCCAUCCAAAUCAUCCUCCGAUAGUCGAUACGCGUCAAACCAAGCCGCUACUGCCGUCCAACCUAUGACGGCAGAACCGCAAGUGAACGGGGACGUGACCGGAGGAGAUUCGAGCGUCGCGUCGACGCCGCCGUCACAAACACAGUCGCAGCCGCCCGUUUCGGCCACCACCGCAAGCCCGUGGAUCGACGACGAGCCGGUAGUGAAAAGCCCGCCAGAACCGACAAGGGUAAAGUCUCCGGAGCAGAUGAUCAUGCGCUCCCCGGAACCGGUCAACUGGACGGUGCCAUUGGACACCGGGAAAACAUUCACUGUCACUCAAAACGUCAGAGAAGAACCUUUGACGCGUCCGCAUAGCGAAGCGAAGAGCUGGGCACCUUCGUCGGUUCCGUCGGCCCCGCAAUCUGCACCACCUGAAUUGGCGGCACAGCACAAAUCGCAGCACUCUCAGCAUUCCGGAUAUAAGUCACCAGAAAGCGAAAGCGUUUCUAUCGGUAGCUUUAGUGGCUUGAACGGGCACAAGGACAUGGAUUCCGAAAGGGAUAGUCCAUUGCCUUCGAACGUUCAGGCUGGCGGCACCACCGCACUCGAUGAAAAUGAAACAGACGGUACCGAAGAAGAACCCAAGGAACAACAGAGACCGGAGCCAUCGAUAAAACCUGUGUCUGGGACGAGUUUAAGAUGCCUAGAGGAUCCGAGUUUCGAAUACGAUAGAAAGAAAGAAGCUGGUCAACCUGCGACGACAACAACGAUGACGACACCGUUAUCGUCUACGGUUCCUCAGCAAGGUUAUCGUAUCCUAGAAGCUGAAUCGCCUCAGGGUGGUACCACCGAGGGCGGUGGUGGCGGUGGAGGUAGCAUGGGUGGGUUAGGAAGUAGUAGCGGUGGUGGUUAUCACGUACUGGAAGCACCAACGGUGGUUCCAGGCUCCGCACAACGUUCUGCGGCGAGCGAGGUGCUGGAAAAGGCGCGAAAUCGCUUCGAUAAAUUCUGGGGAAAGGGCAGCAGCUCGGAAAAUUAGAGCGUUCGAAGGAAGCUGAUAAAUAAACGUAGUAGUUAACGUCCUCGAAAGCGAGGGAGCAAGCAGAAACGAAGGAAAACGAAGGUAGAGAAUGAAAACGAAGAGUAAGAGAUGAAAUAAUUCGACGAGGUUCCUGUGAAAGCUCCUUUCGUGGUUUGUCUGCUCGUUCCUGUUGUUUUUCAGCGGGAAGGAGAUAUUUCGUAGGUUCCUUUCCGUCUUACUCAUCACGUGUUGAACGUUCUUCGUUCGUCCUGAAAAGCCUCGAGAGAUCUAGAUGCUUUCUUUAUGUUCGACGUCUCCGGAACGAGAAGAAGAGUCGUGAUGAUUGGAGAGGAUUUUUUUUAGGAGAGAAACAGGCUUAGAGGCGAGUACUUGAAUGCGAUCGAUAAAGUACCUCGAAGGAGAAACGUCUCGUAGCGAAGAAGAAUUGACGAACACCUGCUCCGUAAGACGAUCGAGAACGAAGACGGUGCGUGCAGGCAACGCGUCAGUCUCGUUGAAACGCGAGGAAUAGUUGGGAGACACGCGUUCGAUGAAUAUACAUGUACACAUCUACACGAUACACGCGCGUACACGGGCAAAGAUUUGUUAAGUUACAGCGAUCAUAGUCAUUCAAGCAAAAAUCGAUCUUGACUUUGAGACGAUCGAAGAAUCGAAAGAACGAAUUUCCAAUCUACACACAGAUCACGCGGAUACUCGGUUACCCAUAGAUACACCAAAAUGUCACACGAUACUACACGAAACGACACAUAGAAAGACACGCAGUUAGACGAACACACGCGAGUCAGUAAGUUUCUAGGAUAUUUCAAGUGAUCUCGAGAGAUCUGCCGUAGUUAAGCCCGAAUUCUUUUUCCAUUGAUAAAAAGAACAAAAGAACGAAGAAUAAAAGUGAAAAUAAGAUAAUAUCGUGACGAAUCGAAUCGCGAGGAAAUAAAAUACGGCUUGUCGCUAUAAAUAAGAAAGGAAGGAUAUAAUAGCCUUCGGCCGCUUCGUGCGUUUUAUAUAAGUCUAUAUACAGAAAACAAUUACGUACGUAUACACGAAUAUGAAUGUAUACAGUUAAUGGAUAUCGCACUCGCGGAUCAUACGAUCACGGUACCGACAAAAUUCCUCGGAUCUUUCCCGCCGAUCGUUCGACCUUUCAUCUCUUCAAUCACUGGCUCUAUAUGUAUUUAGAAAGAAAGAUUUUUAGCAAAAAAAAUUAAUCGUCCGAUAGAUCCGUUGAAUUAUCGAUGGCACCGUGGAAAGGUUAGUUUCUUUUAAACACGAAAUAAUUUUCUUCGAGCGUUUGCCGAUCCAGGAAAUGGAAACUUGUUCCAUUUCCGUGUGGAAUUCUCGAUCGUUCUAAAAGAAAUUUACAGAAUCAAACAUUAUUGCUGCACAAUGUUAACAUUCCUCGACUUUGCAAGUUCAUACAAAUUUACAAAAAUUAUCCGUUCUGUUCUUGUUUCUGUCACGUUUUUAAUUGAAGGGAGAUCAUUAGCUUCUCUCUCUCUCUCUCUCUCUUUUUCUCUCUCUUCUACAUACAUAUAUACGCUAAUGUUUCCGCGAAUUUGCCCGAUAAAAUUUCUUGAAGGACGAUCGAGCAUCGUACGACGAAGAACUUCCCGGAAGCCUGACAAAUAGUAACUACCACCAGCAAGCGAAACGAAUUACUGUAGUGAGGCGUAGUGUUUUUUUCACACAUGACAGGAAUUCUCGAGGUUCACGAUUUAGAUAUCGAAGGAACAACCGAGGACAACAAAGAAAGACGAGUAGGAGAAUUCGUGCUUGCGAAUUAAUUGUAAUCGUCGGGAACCGACGAGAAUCGAGGUGAAACGAAGGGUCAAUUCCUUCGAAUCUCGCGCAAAAAUCACGCUUUCACGCGUCGCUUCGAUUUACGAUUUGAAACUUGGUGCUAGUCGAAAAUGCAUCGAAAUUACGGAGCUACGAAAUCGUUACGGAACAAGUUGUUAAACCGAAGGAGAAACGGGACGAAGGAAGAAGCGGUGAACGCUACUCUCCCGUUGCACGCUGCAUUCCGUCUGAUUUCUUAUAUGACAAAUUCAUUCGUACGUUUCUCUUUCGAGCUAGUCGAAGACGAUAAAGGAAAGAGGAGAGAAAUUUGACAAGCUCGGGGCUCGAUAACGAGGGUCGUGCUCCUGUCUUGAGGGAAAGAAGCGAGCAGGCGCAAGAAGCAACAAAUACGAGCAACAAUAUAAUUCGAGAAAGUAAUAGUUGACGGUGAAACCGAACGGAUGACACCGAAACAAGAACUAUCAGGAUAAGGCAUAUUUCGUGAUUACGGGGAGAGAUAGGAGCCCCUUGUUCUCACUUCGAGGACGAUGGAAGGAGAGGAAAGAGAAAUGCGGAGAAGAAAGAAAAAAAAUACGAAAGGAAUCAAACGAUGGAGCUUUUUCUCUCUUUCACGCGCAUUUGGUACACCGGUACACCACACUCCAUCCAGAUCCACGUCCAAGAGUCAACCAACCGUAGUGAAGCAGUAUAAUGAUAAUGAUUAAUAUGAUAAACGAUACUCUAAUAAUAAAGAAAAACUACUAAGGCAAAAAAAUGAACAAAAAAAAAUGAAAAAAAAAAGACGUAUGGUAAAAAGUUUACUGAAUGAACGACUGACGAGGGAUUCGACGAAAGCGUAAAAAAGAUCAUGAUAACGACGAAAGAUCGUGGUUAACAUUUUUGGGAAUGGUUGACCCAACGAUAACCAAUCAAUAAUGAUCGUUUUAGUUCUUUUCCUUCUCCUUUUUGUUUGUUUCAGUGAAAUUAUUCGUAGCUUUCUACGAAACGAAAGGAAGAAAAUGAUCCAAGUAAUUCUAUAAAGAAUCAACUUAACGUCUUCGAAAGUUUCUUAUUUGACAGAUCAUUCGUGUUCGAAAUUGUUUACUUUCACGAUAUUUUUUAACGAUCUGACCUAAUCCCAUCGUUUUUCUCACAGAAAAUACCAAAGUGAUCAUGAUUAUUCACGAUAGCAAAAAUAUUGAAAUUCAUCGUUGAUUAAGCUGUCGUUCCAAACAGUAUGGGACUAUCGGUACGAUAUUACCGGAAACACGGUUUUCUUCUUUCUUUUCUACGAGAGUUACGAUCCCGUCUACCCCUUUUUUCCCUCGAUUAAUCCCUUUCCUUUCCUUCGGUUACGUUUAAAAACUAGCAACCUUUACGUCUGCUUACACCGAUCUGUCUGAUUCACGACAGAGGCGAACACGGUUGGAUGGAAUGCGUGUAAAAUGAUACAGGAAAUACGUGGCUUUGAUCAGAGAUUUAUUAUUUAUUCUUGAAACCUUCGAUGCAGUGGCGGAUUAUUAAACAAAUUCUACAAUCUAUAUUCCGGGUCGAAUUUCUUAUCUUCUAAAUCGUAAGGACAAUUGUUCCAUUAUUUUUUCAAAUAUUCAUGUUCGAUGUACGUGUGACUUUUAGUAUUAAAUCCGUCUCAGCUUCGACGUUCAAUUUAGCGACUCUUGUGCACAAUACGGUCAACGAUAACAGAUUUCGUUUAGCGAACUUGUGUCAAGUGUCGGAAGUUGUUUUAAACGCGCUCGCCAUUUCGGUGAACACGAUCUAUUGUGAUAAGCGCUCAAUUAUUCCAUUCUGCGCGCAAUAGCCUUGCAACUGGAGUUACUAUUUAAU